AUGACCGACCCCAUCUUGCUCUCCGUCACACUAAAGCUGAAGGUGAAGGAGGGCGGUGCGUGUCUGUGGCACUCAAAAAACCCCCUGGCCAGUCAAACAAGCGCCGCCUCACGAUGGAGGUCUACCCAGCCGAGGACUGAACUCCGGAAAUCGGUGGUGGGCUACAGCCGAUUGCCUUUCCUCGGCCCCCGCACCACCGUACUUCCGAAGCUCUGCACUGCUGCUUUGUUCAAGUCCGACAUGAUGCUACACUGGGUGCGCCCCAUCCUCAGCCACAUGGGCAAGGCGCGAUACUACUUCACGAUUUGGUGCGACGAAACACUCACCAACAGCGACGAGCAUCUCUUCCUCGGAGUGCAGCAUCUCAAGAAAGGCGUCCUCUCCUUUCUGCGUCGCAGUACCGUGCAGCGAACCCUUUUCUGGGCCGUGUACAAAGCCGAAUACAAGGCGCCUCUUGCCGAGUGCUUUAGCGCCAACACGGUAGACCUCGGGGUUGGCCUCCGCGAGCACCACACACAUCUUCAGCAGCUUCUCAUUCCUGAGAAGCUGCGCGUCUUUGUGAAGGAUCUGAAGGAGUAUCGCGAAGACCUCUGUGCAGAGUGA